AAGGCGCCAUUUUGAUUACAGCAGCGAACAAGGAGGUGGAAGGCGAUACUUUUUUUUUCUCAGUUUAACCAAGGGUGUACAAUUAUCGACGCAUAAUUUGAGGGAGUAAACAAUUUAAACGCACCAAAAUGGCUACUGGAGCAAAUGCAACUCCAUUAGGGAAGUUGCACCCUAGUAUUGGGGCUAAACGAGGGUUUGACGCCGGGCCUGGUGCGGGAAACGGGUUGAUGCCAACACCGGGGCCGCCCGCAUCCUUUCCCUCGCUACAGGGUUUCCAGCCACCAAUGCCAAAUGCGUCUUUUCCACAGCCACAUCAGUAUAACGCAGGGGCUGGUUUUCCGAGCCAGCCUCAGCCACAAUCAGCGGGGGGCGGACUGGCCAAACCAGAUUUUGGUCAGAAGAAAUCACGGAAGAAGAGUCGUUGGAGCAGUGAGACGCCGGACCAGAAGACAGUUAUACCUGGCAUGCCCACUGUCAUUCCCCCCGGACUGACCCGGGAUCAAGAGCGAGCCUAUAUAGUCCAACUGCAGAUUGAAGACCUGACUCGUAAACUGCGUACAGGAGACCUGGGAAUCCCUGUUAACCCUGAGGACAGGUCUCCUUCUCCUGAGCCCAUCUACAACAGUGAGGGCAAGAGGUUGAACACCCGUGAGUAUCGUACGCGAAAGAAGAUUGAGGAGGAGCGCCAUUCCCUCAUCACUGAGAUGGUUGGACUCAACCCCGACUUUAAACCACCUGCAGAUUAUAAACCUCCAGCCACCAGAGUCAAUGACAAAGUUAUGAUUCCACAAGAUGAAUAUCCUGAGAUUAACUUUGUUGGCCUGCUUAUUGGGCCUCGUGGCAAUACCCUGAAGAAUAUUGAAAAGGAGUGCUGCGCCAAGAUCAUGAUCCGUGGUAAAGGUUCUGUGAAAGAGGGGAAGGUGGGCAGAAAGGAUGGACAGAUGCUGCCAGGGGAAGACGAGCCUCUACAUGCCCUUGUCACUGCCAACACAAUGGAGAACGUCAAGAAAGCUGUGGAGCAGAUUCGGAACAUCCUAAAACAAGGUAUAGAGACACCUGAGGACCAGAAUGACCUACGCAAGAUGCAGCUGAGGGAGCUGGCCAGGCUCAACGGCACUCUGAGGGAAGAUGACAACAGGAUUCUUCGUCCCUGGCAAAACUCUGAGCCACGCAGCAUCACAAACACCACCCUGUGUACCAAAUGUGGUGGAGCAGGCCACAUCUCCUCUGACUGCAAGUACACCAGCUCUUUCGCUGCCCAUAGAGCAACUGGUGGUGAACCCCCACAGUCAGCCCAAGACAAAGCUCGUAUGGACAAGGAGUACCUGUCCCUCAUGGCCGAGCUGGGGGAGGCACCCGUCCCCACGUCUGGAGGAGGACAUUCCAGCACCCCGGCAGGAGCUCCUCGAGCCUCAGGACCCAACAACAACAACAACCAGCCACCACCACAGAACCGGCCUCCGUGGAUGAGUUCUGGCCCGUCGGAGAACAGAAACUUCCAUGGGAUGCAUGGAGGGCCUGGUGGACCUGGAGGACCCCACAACUUCCCUCCACCCAUGCCCAACAUGGGAGGACCACCUAUGCCCCCUAACCCCAAUGGCAUGCCUCCCCCCUGGAUGCAGCCCCCUCCUCCCCCCAUGGGCCAGGGUCCAGGACCUCAUGGACACCCGAUGGGUCUGCUGCCUCCACCAAUGGGCAUGAUGCCACCUCCACCUCCACCUCCCAGUAACCAGCCACCUCCUCCCCCUUCUGGACCCCUGCCACCAUGGCAACAGCAGGCUCCACCUCCCCCUCCAACCAGCAGCAUGGCUACCAGUACGCCUCUACCCUGGCAACAGAACACCACCACCACGUCCAGCCCUGGCACCGCCACCCUCCCUCCAUGGCAGCAGCCCCAACAGCCUGCAGCCUCUGGGGCCCAGCCUCCACCGCCCAUGGGCAGCCCAUCCAUGGUACCACCUCCCCCUGGAGUCCAGCCCCCGUUGCCCCCUGGUGCCCCUCCUCCACCCCCUCCCCCACCUCCAGGAUCAACAGGCAUGAUGUAUGCCCCACCGCCGCCUCCUCCACCUAUGGACCCUUCUAACUUUGUCACCAUGAUGGGGAUGGGGGUACCGGGCAUGCCGCCGUUUGGCAUGCCUCCCGCCCCACCACCUCCCCCUCCCCAGAAUUAACCCGGCCACAGAUGAGUCGUCCUGCAGCACAUUCAGCAGAUAUCCAAUAGACUGACGUUAUAUACUGAGCAUCUAUGUCUGCUCACAGAAAAUAUAACCAGUGCUUUAUUUUUUAUUGAUCCUUGAUAUUGUGAAAACAUCUCUGAUACAACAACAGGCUGUGUUAGAUCAAUAAGUUAAGUUGCAUAACCUAAUUUCCUGUUUUAAAAGUUUGUAUUAACACAAAGCUCUUUGUGUGCAUACGAACACUGUUGCUCAGGCAGAUCUUCUGCAGUGCUACCGUAGUUUGUCAUGUCAAUUGUAAACCAAAUAAACCGCUCAAAUGAACAGCCGCAAAUAACAUUGUUUUGCUAAAUGGUAUAAUUUUGGUUAAAAAAAAGUUCUAAACUUUCAUUGGAUUCACUAUAUGAAGAUGCAUGGUUUAUUUUGAACACAUCAAACUGAAGUGACAAAUUUCUACUCUUGGUCAUGUUCCCUUUGUUGGCUUAUAAGUUGAAUAAGAUUAAUAUUUUUGUAUAAUGAGCAGUGAAGUGUAUUUUAGUUUUGUCAGAAAAUCUUUUUGUAGUACUGUCUUGAAGUUGUUUUCCAAAAGCUCCCAGGGUUUUCAAUGUUUUUUUUUUUUUUUUCCCUUCUCUAUUUUAUUUGCCUGCGUCUCAGCUGUGACAUUGAGUUUGAAAAGGGGAUUUGGUGCUCGCUCCAGACCUCCUGGACUACUUGAAUGUUGAAUCUUAUAUAUCCUUGUUUUUCUGCAUCUCCCUCGACUCUUACAAGAAGCUGCGUGCAGUGUUUGUGUUGCUUCUACGAGGAUAAGACACACCACAUUUGUCCCUCACGUUACUAGAGAAGAGAUUUGUUAGUUUUACUCUGUUUCUGGAAUCGGUCUGUUGUAAUAUGGAGCUUGCCUGAAUGAGUUGCUGUUGAAUUCUUGCUUGGUUAGCAAUUAAACUGAUCCAUUUCACCUUUU